AUGGCAGCCAUUGCAUCCUCUUCGCAAUCGAUCGACGUUGUCGAUGAAGAGCCAGAAAAGACGAAAUAUGAACCGAAGAAAUUGCAUACAAAUGAAGUUGCCUCUUUGUUCGAUUUGAAAAAUGAAUACCUUAAGAAGAAGAAUAACCUUAUUCGAACUACUCCGGGUGAAAUAUAUCGAGGUGGAAAGAGUAGCGUAUUAGCCGUGAAGAAGGAGGAAAAAACGUCAUUGAAAAAAGAAGCUAUAGAGCGAAAAAGGCGCAUCAACGAGUAUGAAGCAGCUCUACGGCGUGAAGAGGAGGAACGUCUCGCCCUUGCCGCAAAGAAGUUAAAGGAGAAGUCUGACCUUUAUGACAAGCUCGCUGAAGGUGGAAUAUCAUUGCAAACCAGCGAAGGUUUAGAUGUUGAGUUUUUGGUUGAUUUCAAUGCCAAAGUGAAAGAAAGGCAGGAGAUUAAACUGGCAACGAUAAACCAUCCUGUUCCUCAACCUUCGUCGUCUAUAUUGUCUGAACAGCCGGCUCAACCUAUCGAGCACUAUGCUCCUGAUGAAGAACGAAGAGAGUAUGGCCCGUCACAUAUGAAAUUCUCAUCGGAUGAGGAAAAGCGUCAAGCUGAAAUUAAGUCGCUCUAUGAUAUGACAGCGGAAACAGAAAAAAUGCGGGCUAAGAACAAAACUAUAGCGGAACAGAAAGCUCGUGCAAGAAGGGAGAAAAUCAACGCCUUGAGAAAGCGGAAGGGAUUGCCAGAGGAGCGAACACCUUCUCCGGAACCAGAGCCGGAUCAACCCGAAGUCAUGCUUGAGGAGAUCCCACUACCUGCUGACGAUACUGUAAAGAAAACCGAAAAGAAGCCUGUGCGAGAAUGGGAUCGUGGCAAGGGCUCAUACAAUACUUGGAUACUAAGGCAACGAGACGAACGCGACGAAGAAUUCGCUCCUCCUUCGUUCUAUUACAAUAAUUGA